GGGCUGGUUACGAGAACCACGCGUCAGGGGACCCGGACGUACUGGACGAGGUGCUGCAGGGUGAUAUAAGCGUUCAACGUUCAUCACGGAAGCGCGUUCACGGAAGCCACCUUGCUGAUCCGCACGGAGGUGCACAAGGCGCAACUUCUUCGAGCGAGCAACAACGCCCGGAUCAUGAUCAGGCUCAAGUUUCUUCUAUUCACGAAAGGACAUCGAAACCUGCACGACUCCAGCUCCCGGUCCUUUCGCGAGUUCCGCUCGCUGCGGAAGCUGGCGCCCCAUGGCUUGCACGUGGAGUCCCCAGAUGAUGUGGAGAUUGAAGCUUUUGAGCCCGCGCAGGACGUCUCGGGACAUGACACCGUUCCGAUGGCAUUGCGGGGUGAGAGCUUCCACGUGAGCACGCCGGUGGAGCCAGAUCUAAGGGCUGCUGCCAGUGCGGAGCCAAGCGCCCCCUCCGUGGCACAGAUGGCAGUGGAGCCUCAAGAGGCUGCAGCAAUUUGAGUUGAGCGUGGGUUGAGGUCAGUCAGUCAAAGCACUAGACAGCGCCUGAUGGGUGUAGCGACAGCGCGUCGCGAGACCUCAUGCGCAAUGGCAACUACUGCAGCAGUGUGAACAUGACCUCAGCAGUUGUGGG